CGGCUGGAUUUGUCGUCAAGUGCCGUACGGGUGGUGGAAGCCGGAGCCUUCUCUCGCCUUCCGCGACUUCAUUCGGUCUUUUUCACCGACUGUCGGGAUCUCACAUUCAUUUCGCCUGCUGCAUUUGAGAACAUCAGCGUCUUCAGUCUUGACGUUUCUGGUACUGGUCUCAAAACUCUGUCACCCUCUCUACUCUCGAACAUAGCUCGGGUUCGCAUCGCUGAUGUUCCACUGGACUGCGGUUGUCUAUCAGAACAAUUGAGUGCCAUCACCACCACUACGAUAACGGACUGGGGUAAUGCCACUUGUGUCACUAGGGAAGGAGAAGUGCUGAGCAUUUCCACCCUGUCACCAACAAGUUUGAGUAGCGCUGAGCAAUGCCGGCCCAGUGUGAUACUUCCAUUUGGUCACGAGGUUGUAGCGAACGUUGGCCAAACAUUCAAAAUUUAUUGCGCCGGAACAGAGGAGGAGGACAUUGUUAAAUGGAAGUCACCGGCCGGUGUCACGGAGUAUGCCAUCAGACCAGAGUUUUCAUCUGGAUUCGAGCGCCUUGACUACUUUACUACGACGCUUUUCGAGCCAUUGAAGCGCCAGCGCUUGCGGAAGAGGACGCUAGCCACAACAGAAUUCUUCAGGAUUGACGUCGUGCUAAACUCGGAUGCUGGUGAAUACGAGUGCACUAUUCAGAGGGGAAAAUACACCUUUACAAGGAAGAUUCGUCUCAUUGUUGAAGUUCCUGAUAUAAAAUUGAAAGUGACCCACGUGAGUUAA